AUGUUAACUCUGUAAAAAUAAACAUAAUUUGAAAUUUAAAAAUAAAUGAAAACUAUUAAUCAAAAAGAAUGCUACAGAAAAAUUAAAGAAAUAUCUCUUAAGAUAUCCAAUCAAAGCAUAAAUUUAUUAAAAUAUUUUUUUCCUAAUAUCAAUAUUUAUGCUUCUCUUAAAAAAAUUUAUAUAUAAUACCAAUGA